CGCGCCCUCUUCUCCACCUCUUCUCAAUUCUCAGUUUUGCAUCGUCCGUCUCCUCCUCGCCGUCCAUCUCCCUCUUCUCAGCCGUCCGUUUCACUCUUUAAUGAAAGGCAAACAAGAAAAAGAAAUGGCAAAAUGAAAGGCAAACAAGGAAAAGAAAAAACGAAGAUACUUUAAUGUCACUAAGCAAAAUGGCAAAAUGGCAAAAUUCCCAAAAUAUAUUUUUAGCUUUUAUUUAUGUACUUUUUUUUUCAUUGUACUAUUAUCUAAUUAUUUUUAUUUAUUACACUGUAAACAUCAGUCACCAUGACGGUGGAUACCGCCGAAACACCUGUGGAACCGGCGGCGUUCUUAGCAUCUCAAGAAGUUCUCUCGAUCACGCCUCGAAUCUUUCAAAAUAACGAUUCACACUUCCUUUUAUCCUGUUCAAUUUCCCCUAAUUCGUCUUUCUCCUGCCCCAAUCUAAUUCUAUUCGCUUUUACUUUCAUUUCAGACGAACAAUCGAAAAUAGAUUAGCGAAAUGGAGCUGGGAAUUGUUUGGCUUCUCAGAGCUGCUUGGUUUGCAGGAAUUUUGCCUAUAAUUAUAGCCUUCUUACCCUUCUCUAGACUGAAUUGGUUUCGUGCAAUUCUGUUGGGAUUUGCGAAGAGAGGGAAGAUCUUGCAAUCGUCUUCUCAAAAAUUCACUGUACCUCAAAAAUUCUUCUGCCACUUUUAUGUGUUGGCUGUUAUCUGGACAACCUUGUUGCUAGGAACAACUUGGACUUAUGCAUAUGUAUCAACCCCGGAAAUCUCAGAGCCGUUUAACUUUCCUGGCAUUACCAGCCAGUUGACUGGAGGUUCAAGUUUGUUUCCAUGGCAAAAAUCUCAUUCAUCUAGGAGGGAACAUGGAUUCCUGGUCUGGAAAGCGGUUUUUCUGCUUUUAUUAAUGGAAGUUCAAGUUUUGAGACGUCUUUAUGAAACAAUAUACGUUUUCAAUUAUAGUCCCUCGGCUCGGAUGCACAUCUUUGGAUAUUUAACUGGCUUGUUUUUCUAUACAGCAGCUCCUCUAUCACUUUGUAGCAGUUGUAUUCCAGAAGUGUAUCACUUCGCCGCAAGUGGGCUAGCUCAGUUUAUUGUUCAAGGAAAAAGGCCUAUGCCUGAUGUUGAAAUUAGCCCGUUGGAUGCUGUGAUUCCUCUAUCAUAUUUAGGGUGGCGUCAGUGGAUUGGUGCAGCUUUAUUCUUUUGGGGUUGGAUUCAUCAGCAACGUUGCCAUCAGAUUCUGGGCUCACUGCGGGUACGUAGAGAACAAUCUGAAGAAUAUAGAAUUCCUCAUGGUGAUUGGUUCGAAGUCGUGUCUUCUCCACACUAUCUUGCUGAGAUUGUUAUAUAUGGUGGACUUGUGGUUGCAAGUGGAGGAGAAGAUUUCACAAUCUGGCUACUUUUUGGAUUUGUGGUGGUAAAUUUGGCCUUUGCAGCAGCAGAGACUCAUAGGUGGUAUUUUCGUAAAUUUGAUAAUUAUCCUAGAAACCGAUUUGCUAUUAUACCAUAUGUAUAUUGAGAUAUGUGAUGUUUUCAAGAACCCUUGCCCAAGUACUUUGUGUGUGUGUCGUCGUAAUUAGGUUGCUUAUUUUGAAUUCUAUAAGGUAAUGACAAUGAUGCUGUAUAGAGUUGUAUGCAUUACACUGGAGUUGACAGCCCUCAUAUUUGAUAGGCCUGAAAGCUCUUUCAGUUAUUAACAAGUGAAGAAAUUGGUAAUUAGGUUCUCUAGCC